AUGUGCGCCGCGGUGCCCGGCUACUCGCCCGGCUUCAAGAGGCCGCCGGAGACGCUGCGGCUCAAGCGGAAAAGGGCCCGGAGGAGCGAGGCCGCCUCCCCGCCCUGUCCCCCGGCGGACCCGGCCUCCGUCCGGCGCCCUUUCCCCAGACCAGGGCGGCGCAAUCCCUUCUCCAGCCUAGACAACGCGCCGCGACCCGGCACUGCCGGGCACCGCCCCCCAGGCACCCCCGAGCUGCAGGAGCAGCGGCCGCCGCCGGGAAACCAGGCCUCCAGACACCCUCUCUGGCAGUUUUUAGAUACUCUUCAGGAAAAUAAAUCCACCUGGAAAGAAGAGUGUUCUGAAAGAGCAGAUUUUGCCACAUUAACCAAUGAUCUUCAUUUACCUGUUUCCAUACCUGAUGUUUCCUCCUCACCAAGCACAGAAUUUCCUGCAGACUGGAGUAUUAAAACUCGACUUCUAUUCAUGUCUUCCCAACCUUUUACUUGGGCAGAGCAUUUGAAGGCACAAGAAGAGGCUCAAGGAUUUGCCCAGCACUGUAGAGCAACAUCAGUCAAUUUCCCACGAAGCAUACAGGAACCAAAGCUGUCCACGGAACUCCGCUGUGCAUUCCAGCAAAGUCUUAUUUAUUGGCUUCACCCUUCACUGCCCUGGCUACAGCUAUUCCCUCGUAUUGGAGCAGAUAGGAAAAUAGCUGGAAAGACUAGUCUUUGGUCACGUGAUGCAACACUGCAACAGGUUCUAAUGAGUGAGUGGUCUGUCAGUUUUACUUCCCUAUAUAAUCUUCUCAAAGCCAAGCUGUGUCCCUAUUUCUAUGUUUGUACCUACCAAUUUACUGUGCUGUUUCGCGCAGCGGGCCUUGCAGGAAGUGAUGUUAUCACAGCUGUUAUUUCCCCCACAACCAGGGGUUUAAGGGAAGCCAUGAGAAAUGAAGGUAUAGAUUUUUCUUUACCUUUGGUAGAAGAAACUAGGAGCAAGACACAGAAAAACUCUGAAACAAACUUGGAUACAGAAGUUAACAGUCCUGAAACAGGCAAAAACACUGAAGAUGGAGAGGAACAAGGAGUGAGUGACGAUGAAAGUUUCUCUUGGCUUGAGGAAAUGGGAGUCCAAGACAAGAUUAAAAAGCCAGACGCAAUUUCUGUCAAACUCCGUAAAGAGAAAAAUGAAGUGCAAGUGGAUCACAAGCCUGAAUCUGUUGCAUUAGUGAAAGGAACAAACACAUUCAUGUUGCUGAACUUCUUGAUAAACUGUAAGAGUUUAGUAGCUGUGGCAGGCCCUCAGGCAGGGCUCCCACCAACACUGCUGUCCCCAGUUGCUUUUCGAGGUGCAACAAUGCAAACGCUCAAGGCUCGAAGCAUCAAUGUGAAAACACCGGUUCACUCAUGCUAUAAUGAUAUAUUUAGCUUGGAGAUCACAGGUCCUGUCAUGCCCCAUUGUCUGCAUACUUUGACCAUGCUGCUCAAAUCUGCACAGAGGGGAGCUUUUUCUGCUGUAUUAUACACCCAUGAGCCAACAGCAGUGUUUAACACUAACACAGAGAGAAUCUUAAAUAAGGAAACUAUGUGCAAGGACCUCACUAAGUGUGGAUUGCAUCUUAAAACGUUGGAUCAAUUGAUUCAACUUCCAACAUUAGGAAAGUCUUCUAUACGACUCCUAGAAAUGAGAGACUAUGCUUACACCUGGAAAUCCUAAGUACGCUAUUUUAAUUCAUGAAAUAAGACUAGUAGUGUUUGGUCAACACCCUACAGAUGCUAUCGUGUACCAGGAGGGGAGAACUGCCUACUUGCAAAAGCUUUUGAACGUAGCGGGUAAGAACUUCUGUUGCACACAUCCUCAUUCAUAAGGCAAAUUCCAGUGGAAAAACAUUCUGAAUAGUCCAGCAAGAACACUGCCCCUCUCAAAACCAGCAACAGCUGCAUUUGUCUAAUGUUUUUAAAUAAAGUUUUUAUAAACAAGGUAAUCUUGUGUUUUCUCCUGUUUAGAAUUAAGAGUGAGGGCCUCUUAAGGGUUAAUAUUUUCACCAUUAAGGUACGGAACUGUUAGAGGAACCACUUCUAGUUUCUACAGAAGGUGAAGUGGCUCCUAUGCUAUUGGACACUGGAGGUCAGUGAUUAUUACUUGUUUCAGUAUAAAGACAAUGACUGGAUUAAAUAGUGGUUGUCCUCUAGAUUAAACCAUAAUAGCUAAGUGAAUUGUAAUUGUAAACCUUCACCUUUCAUUAAAAUGAGAAAUUAAUCUAAGUGUAACAAGUUGUGACACUUAUCCAUCUACCAGUGAUAACUUAAAGAAAAAACAGUGGUAUCCCUCUCAAGUAGAGUUUAUUCUUAGCAGUGACUAAAUGUAACUGGAAGCACCUAAAGUUCAAAGGAAGCACAGCUGUCAUUUAAAAGGAAAGAUUUUGAUGCUAUUGGUAAGAUCAGUUGAAUAAACUUAUGUUCAGUAACUAGAUAGCUCUGUUCUGAAAUGCUAUUUAUUACAAUACCUGCAACAGAAUCUAAAUAUAUCUGCUGUUUCAUUAUGUCGUGGUUCAGCUUUGGUAGACUACAGACUUACCUGUUCACUUGACAGGUAAUUUGUCACUUUGAGUACAUUUUGAAAGGAUUCAACAAUGAAAAGCACACUGUUACUGAUAACUGAGGCUGACAAGCCACAAGUGAUUUUAACCUGUCUCCUGUAGCAGGUGAUAGUAAAACACUGAUUUAAUUAUUAACCAAUCAUGAUGCUUUCUACUAUUUAACCAG